AUGAGACUGAAUGCCGAGAAGUGUGCUAUUGUAACAUUUCACAGGAACUCCAAGCCUUUGAUGUUUGAUUACUGUCUAAGCAACACCACACUUUGCCGUAAGUCUCACAUUAGAGACCUUGGAAUUGGGUUGUCUUCAGAUCUAAGCCCUGAGUUACACAUAGACGUAAUCACCGGGAAGGCUGCUAAGAUGUUGGGGUUUAUCAUAAGGACUUCUAGAAGCGGUCUUAGUGUUGAGGCGAUGAAGAUAGCAUACACAGCGCUAGUUAGAUCUGUGUUGGAGUACGGCUGUGUUGUGUGGUGUCCCUACCAACUUGGACAUAUUCAGCGACUGCAGAGCAUACAAGAUCGCUUUGUUAGGAUAAUUGGUACCAAGCUGGGAUACAACUACAGUGAAGUUCCCUUGGAGUUGGUAGCGGAUCAAUUGGGGCUGGCUCCAUUAUAUGCGAGAAGGAGACUGCAUGACCUGGUGUUUCUACAGAAGAUCCUCACUGGAGAUAUCGAUUGCUCGGAGUUACUCCACCUCAUCAAUCUCAGAGUACCUGGUAGAACUCGCUCUCUGGACAUCUUCUGUGUACAGCAUUGCUCCACCAACUAUGAAUUUCACAGUGUCAUCCCCAGAUUACACCGGCUUGGUAACCUAAUCUGCCAUCACCACGACUUUUUUUGUAAUAGUGUGUCAUCGCUGAAAAGGAUAUUUUUAUUAUUGGGCUACACUAUGUAA